AUGCGGUCUUUUGCGGUUCAGCUGCUCACAGCUGCGACUAGCCUUGCCACACUGACACAAUGCAGCCCUAUAUUGAACACGAGGCAAGAUGCACAAUAUGAAGGCUAUGCAUUUGCCUAUUUCACAGGCAACUCCAUCGAUGGCGAGAAAAUCUACUUGGCUGCCAGCAAUGGCAAUAAUGCUUUGGAUUGGCAAGAGCUGAAUGGAGGUCAACCCGUGCUAUCUUCAAACCAAGGCACGAAAGGUCUUCGGGACCCAUUUGUUAUCCGAUCGAACGACGGCACCAAGUUCUUCCUCAUAGCGACAGACUUGUCGAUUGGGUCAGGCACAUCAUGGGGAGACUCAGUGAGGACGGGGAGCAGAUAUCUUGAGAUUUGGGAGAGCGAAGACCUUGUCAACUGGUCAGAGCAACGACACGUGCUUGUGUCGCCUCCUACUGCCGGCAACACAUGGGCACCAGAAGCUUACUACGACGAAGACAUUGGCUCUUACGUGGUCUACUGGGCGUCAAGUCUCUAUGCCGAAGACGAUACCAACCACACUGGCAACACCUACCACCGAAUGAUGUACGCCACCACUCAGGACUUUAUCACUUUCAGCGAAGCAAAGAUCUGGCAAGACGCUGGAACAUCUCGCAUUGACUCCACAGUCCUCAAAUCUGGCGAUACAUUCUACCGCUUCACAAAGGAUGAGGGUGGAGUGACAGGCUGCACCGAUAUCAUUCAAGAGAGUUCACCAACACUUCUGAGUCAACUCGAUGGGUGGACGACAGUGGCAAGCUGCAUUGGCCGCGACGCAGGAACUCAGGCCAUUGAAGGCCCAACUUCCUUCCGCGCAAAUCCUGCUGAUGUCAAUGGCGACAAGUUCUACCUUUUCGUGGACGAGUAUGGUGGAAGAGGAUACAUCCCACUCGAGACAGCAGACAUUGCCAACCCUGACUGGAAGGUCUCCCCUUCAUACAAACUGCCAACGAGCCCUCGCCAUGGCACUGUCAUCCCAGUAACUGCAGCCGAACUUCAGCGCCUGACGAGCGCACUGGCGAAGCGGGAGGAAAACAAGCUGCAGAAGCGCAGCACUUUGAUUCCAGGCCUAUACGCAGACCCCAACAUCGCCAUCGUCGGCUGCGAAUACUACAUCUACGCCACAACCGACGGCUUCCCAGGCUGGGGCGGCCAACAAUUCUUCGUCUGGAAAUCCUCCGACCUCGUCACCUGGACCCGCUCCGACACAGCCUUCCUCACCUUGAACGGCACAAACGGCAACGUCCCCUGGGCCACAGGCAACGCCUGGGCCCCCGGCUUCAUCGAACGCGACGGGAAAUUCUACUUCUACUUCUCCGGCCAAAACCCCACCUACGACCGCAAAACCAUCGGCGUAGCCGUAGCUUCUUCCCCCGAAGGCCCCUUCACCGCCGAACCCACAGCCAUGAUCCUCAACAACGAAGCCAUAACCUCCGGCCAAGCCAUCGACCCUCAAGCCUUCCACGACCCCAUCACAGGAAAAUUCUACCUCUACUGGGGAAACGGAAAUCCCGUCAUGGCCGAACUCUCCCAGGAUAUGAAAUCCAUCAUCCCCUCAACCCUCCAAUCUAUCUCCGGUCUGACAGAUUUCCGCGAAGCUUCUUUCGUCGUCUAUCGCGCUCCAUACUACCAUUUCACCUACUCAAUCGACGACACCGGAAGUCCGAACUAUCGCGUCGGAUACGCCACCGGACCUUCCGCUACAGGACCUUGGACUUAUCAUGGAGUGAUUUUAGAGAAAGAUGAGAGUCAAGGGAUUUUGGGCACGGCGCAUAAUUCGAUUGUGAAUGUUCCGGGGACGGAUGAGUGGUUUAUUGCGUAUCAUAGGUUUAGGAUUCCGAAUGGGGAUGGGACGCAUCGGGAGACGACGGUUGAUAAGUUGGAGUUUGGGGAGGAUGGGUUGAUUAGGAAGGUUGUGCCUACGUUGGAUGGGCCGGGGGAGAGGAGGAUUUGUGGGUAUUAG